CCACUGCCCCUCGGGAACCCCCCCCUCUCUAAGCUUUAAGGUAGGUGCAGAAGAACUUACCCCGGAACCUGAUACACUUCAUCGAGCCUGCCUCGCUGACAACAAUCGAAGAUACCCUCAACUUACCCCCCAUAAUCCCUCAUCACCCACCAUGACCGUCCUCGACUUGCAUCCGUUGCCGGCGGACGAGAUCUUCGCCCUGAACCGCGCCUACAACAACGACACCUUCCCGCAGAAGGUCAGCCUGGGGGUUGGCGUGUACCGCACCGACGAUGGCAAGCCGUGGCCGCUGCCGGUCGUGCGGCAGGCAGAGCAGCAGCUGCUGGCGGAGGACAACCUGUUCCGGCACGAGUACACGGCGAUUGAGGGGGACAUUCCGUUCCUGGAGCUGGCGCGGGACCUGAUGUUCGGGUUCGACGCGAAGCAGGCGACGGAGCAGCAGACGGCGCAGAAGGGGCGCAUCGGGUCGGUGCAGGCGGUGGCCGGCACGGGCGCCAACCACCUGGGGGCGCUGUUCCUGGCGCACAAGAUGAAGCCGCGGACGGUGUGGCUGUCGGACCCGUCGUGGGCCAACCACCUGACCAUCUGGGAGCUGGCCGGGGUGCCGCGGCGCACCUACCCCUACUACAAGGCGGACACGCGCUCCUUUGACUUCGAGGGCAUGAUGGCGACGCUCGAGGCGAGCGCCCAGGCUGGCGACGUCAUCCUGCUACACGCCUGCGCCCACAACCCCACGGGCCUGGACCCCAACCGGGAGCAGUGGAAGGCGAUCGCCGACCUGUGCGAGCGCAAGCAGGUCUUCCCCUUCUUCGACUCGGCCUACCAGGGGUUCGCGUCGGGCUCCGCCGACGAGGACGCCUGGGCCGUGCGCUACUUCCUCAACGAGAAGCCGCACCUCGAGAUGUGCGUCGCCCAGAGCUUCUCCAAGAACUUCGGCCUGUACGGCCAGCGCGUCGGCGCCUUCCACUACGUGCUGCCCCAGGGGAGCCAGCACCUCCGCGACCUCGUCGUCAACAACCUCUGCCACCUCAUCCGCGGCGAGUUCUCCAUGGGCCCCGUCGGCGGCUGCACCAUCGUCAAGAAGGUCCUCACCAACGACGAGCUGACCGCCCAGUGGCAUGACGAUCUCAAGGUCAUGAGCUCGCGCAUCAAGUCCAUGCGCCAGGCCCUGUUCAACGAGCUCGUGCGAUUGGAGACCCCCGGAACGUGGAAGCACAUCGUCGAGCAGAACGGCAUGUUCUCCUACACCGGUCUCACCCCGACUCAGGUCGAGGCCCUCAAGGAGAAGUACCACAUCUACCUCCUCAAGUCCGGCAGAGCCUCCAUCAGUGGCUUGAGCCAAGGCAACGUUGCCUAUGUAGCGCAGGCUAUCGACGAUAUUGUCCGUACAGUCAACUAGAAACCUUGGGAUGAUAAACGUAUAUAAGAUGAACAAACAAAAACAAUUAGAGGUGGUGGGAACGGAAUGUAGAUGGUGGUUGGAAACAAAUCUCCAAGG